AUGAAUCAACCCUCUGCCAGAGCUACGAGCGACCCCUACUUUGACCUCGGAACAUGGGGGCGCAAAGUCAGCACACAUUCCCAGGAGGCGCAGACCUGGUUCAAUCGAGCGCUGGUUUGGACAUAUUGCUUCAAUCACGAUGAAGCGAUCACCUGUUACAAGCAAGCGAUCGCGCACGACGAAAGCUGCGCCAUGGCCUAUUGGGGGAUAUCCUUCUGCUCUGGCUCCAACUACAACAAAACAUGGGCGUUAUUCGACGAACGAGACCGAAUUAACGCAAUCCGACAAUGUUACAUAUACUCCCAGGAAUCUUUGAAAUGGGUGGACAACGCAUCAGACUGGGAGCGGGCGAUCAUCAACGCCCAUGCCGUGCGGUACCCUGACGAUAACCCAGGGAGGGAUCUAGGCGGGUGCAGCAGGGCCUACGCAGACGCCAUGAGAGACGUAUAUACAAAAUUCGGUCGCGACGACUUCGAUAUCAUCACCCUCUUUGCAGACGCGUUAAUGAACUGUGCCCCACGAAAGCUUUACGACGCAUGUACCGGUCUCCCGAUCGCCACAUCACCGGUCUUUGAAGUGAAGGCGCUGUUGGAGGGGGCCUUGAAAAUGCCAGGUGUCGAUCGCCAUCCCGGCCCUGCGCAUAUGUAUAUCCACCUGAUGGAGAUGUCGGCGACCCCCGAGGCAGCGCUGCCGGCGGCGGAAAUGAUUCGAGAAAUAUUCCCCGACACCGGGCACACCUUUCACAUGCCAGCGCAUAUUGAUGUCCUCGUGGGCGACUAUCGACGGGCAGUGGAAUAUAAUUAUAAGGCGACUCUUGCGGACGACAAAUACUUCCAACAUAAUGGCGGCUUGACCUUCUAUAGCUAUUAUCGCCUACACGACUACCAUUCCCUGAUCUACGCUGCGAUGCUGGGCGGAAUGUCCAAGGCCGCACUCUCGGCCACGGAGCGAAUGGAAGCAACGAUAACCGAAGAGAUUCUGCGAGUGGAAACGCCUGCGCUUGCGAACUGGAUGGAAUUCUUCAAGGCCGUGAGAGUCCAUGUCCUCAUCCGAUUCGGAAUGUGGGAAGACCUCAAGAAGCUGGAUCCGCCCGAGGAUAAAGAGCUUUACUGCGUCACCAACGUCAUGAGGCACUAUGGAAAGGCCAUUGCAUACGCAGCCACAGGUCAAAUCGAAGAAGCGGACAAAGAGCGUGAACUCUUCAAGAUUGCCUCGAGACUCGUCCCUCCCACUCGUCUGGACUUCCCCAAUAAAAUCACCGACAUCCUCAAAGUCGCAUCUGCAAUGCUAGAUGGCGAGAUCGAGUACCGUCGUGCGAACUACGAUGUCGCAUUCAGGAGACUAGCAGAUGCAGUGGCAUUUGAAGACGAGUUACCCUUCGCAGAGCCGUGGGGAUGGAUGCUUCCGGCACGACAUGCCUACGCUGCACUUUCUUUGGAACAGGGUCGCGUCGAGCAGGCGGCACAGGCGUAUGCGGAGGAUCUGGGGCUCUACCAUACACCCAAACGCGCGCAUCAACAUCCCAACAACGUUUGGGCGCUUCAUGGGUAUCACGAGUGUCUGGAGCUCUUGGGUCGGCAUGCGGAGGCGAAUAUUAUCAAGAAGCAAUUGUCUCUGGCUUUGGUUGGUGCAGAUGUGGAGAUCACAUCUUCGUGCUUCUGCAGACUUGGUAAUAUUCCGUCGUGUUGUGGAAAGCCAGCCUUAAACGGCACAUAG